AACAAGCGAUCUCUGCCAGGCAACCCUAGAAAGGAAAAACAAAAAGAAAUAUACAAGGAUACAUCAGUGUUGAAGGAUAACAAAAACUAUGUGGGAUCGAAUUAUAAUUCACCAAGACUGAAUACGGUAACUUUCACCCGAUCAUUUCUCGAUAAAUCCGAUAAUUUGCUGAGAGUUCCCAGCGCGUUCUUUGAAGAUAAACGAAAAUUAAAAUCGAAAAAGUCUCCCAAACGUACAAUACAGAAGAUAAUAAAAAAGAAUAACGUAAAGCGCAAAAGAAUCUUCAUACAUCCAGUUACCCACAAACCAACACAAUCUACAGCGAAUAAUAAACUUGAUAGUAUUUAUUCUAGGCAAAAUGAGGACACACAUACAACGGAAGCAAAUUCACGUAAACGUCCACGAAAGAAUUCUAAGGUCCUAAGAUACCACAUGCCUUUUCAUAAACUACAGAAAACGAGAAGAAACAAAAGACAAAUAUAUGGACACAUAAAUAAAGUUGUAGAUGCAAAAGGUAUACUUAGAAGUAAAAGGGAUACAAAUGGAGAUGAUAUAUUGAUUUUAAAAGAUUUAGAUGAAAUAGAGUUUGUAGAUAGCGAUAAGGAUUACAAUGUUGUUAGGGCGCAUGUGCAGAAUGUGUGGUAAUACUGGAAAAUUUUGUGGGACUGUGGUCGUCAUAUUAGCGGAGUACUGUUAUCUGCAGUGUAAAACGAGUAAUAUAUCUUAAUAUGCAAAUGUUAUUUAUUACGAGCCCCCUUUUAAAAUAUGUUUGAAUAAAAUUGUCUUGUUUU